CCCUACUAAACCCCGGCGUGCCCGUUCCGACAUGAUACCCGCUCGUCGCAAAGGGAGCAAAAGGAGACGGCGGCAGCGCCAAACCGCCACCACCACUACUAAGACCAAGCGCCGACCCAAAAUCCAUCUCCAAAUCAAAGUCAAACUCCAUCUCCAUACCACCGUCCAUCAUAUCCAGAUCCACCCCAGCGCCGGCGCCCCCGUCAUGAUGAUCAUGAUGAUGGUCUUCACCACCACCGUAACCAAGCAACAUCAGAUCAUUCAUCGAGUACGUCUUACUCCCAACCCCACCACCACCACCUGUCUUGCAAUUGGCAAUCCCGCUGCUGCUACUGGUACUCCGCACCGUGACCGACGACGAGCCCGACCUGCCAUGUCCACAUCCAUGCCCAUAUCCAUAUCCAUACCCGCAUCCAUGUGGCACGUUAUUAUUAUUAUUAUUAUUAUUAUUACUCGAAGAAAUGGGGAUGGGCAUGGGCAGGACCGGAACGGGCAUGUUGCCGCCACCACCACCACCCCCCACUCGGGAUGAUGAAGCAGCAGACGAACCGCUGGCGCUGGCGGUAGCUACCACCACAGGCCCAGUGCUAGAUUCAGUCCCUGUGGGCGAGGGCGAGAAUGCUCCUGCUCCUGCCGCAGCUAUCGCCGAGGAGGAGGAGGAGUAGGAAGGGGACAGGGGCAGCGGAGGGAGGGGGCCGGACAGGCGGGAAGAGGAGCAUGAUGGCGGGGAGAGCGGGAGGAGGCUGGCGGCGCUGCUGUCUCUGUCCCGCUGGUGGUGAUGGUGGUGCUGGUGGUGGUGGUAGGAGGCGACUCCGAGGCGGGAAGCGGCUGCUUUUUCGCGGAGGACGGCGAGUCUGUUUGGUUAGGU